AUGACUGAAUAUGAUACAGGAAUAGAACCAAUUACUUCAGCAUCAGGUAUAUCAGCUGUUCCAUCAAGUUCAAGAUAUGUUCCAUCAACAUUAGUAUCAGAUGAUGAAAUUACUGUAAUUGAUAAUAAAAAAAUAAAUAAACAAAUAUUAAAAAAACCUUCUGCUGCAUAUUUUAAUGUUGGUUAUACUACAUGGCCAAAAAGAGAAGCUGGUAAUGCUGCAAGUGUUGCAUUAGCUGCUUUUUCUUUAACAACAUUUGUUUUAGGAUUAUAUUUAGCUCAAGCAAAAAAUAUAAAAAUUAUAAAUAUUGCUAUAGCACCAGCUAUAUUUUUUGGUGGAUUAAUACAAUUUUUAGCUGGAGUUGGAUUAUUUUUAAUUGGUGGUGCAGGUAAUACCUUUGCAGCUACUGUUUUUACAUCUUAUGGUGCAUUUUGGUUAUCUUUUGGAUCAAUAUAUAUUCUAAAUUUUGGAAUAAUUGAAGCAUAUGGUGAUGAUGCUGAACAAUUUAGUUAUGCUAUUGGGUUUUUCCUUUUGGGAUGGUCAAUUUUUACAUUUUUUAUGUUUUUAGUAACAUUUAAAUCUACUUGGCCAAUGUUAAUAUUAUUUUUCACUUUAGAUUUUGGAAUUUUUAUGUUAAGUGCUGGAUUUAUAGCACCAAAUGAAAAAUGUGUAAGAGGUGGUGGAAUCUUAUUAUUUAUUUCAUCAUUAUUCGGUACGUAA